AUGGCCAUAUCAAAGCUCUCCAAGAGAACCCUAGUGCCUUCAGACGACGGCAGCAACCUAAAGGACCCCUUAGAUAGACGAGCAGAGUGCACGCUUAGACGCAACUACUCGGCUGCCUCCGCUUCUGCCUCGGUUGCUAUAGCGUGCUCUGAGGUAUCGGAGUUCAUCCGUGCUCGCACUCUCAGAAUCCAAUCAGACUUGGAUUCUGGGGUUGCCCGGGACGACGUCUUGGACCAAUUCAAGACCCUCCUACUGGGGAUCGAUUUCUUAACAGACUCCUCCCAACAACAGUUAAAAUUAGCGGCCAAGUCGAUGGCGCUCUCUUCAGCCAGUAGACGCCCACUCUGGUUAAAACCAUGGGCGGCGGACAACACGUCCAAAUUUAACCUUUGCUCCCUUCCCUACGAACCUGGUAGAUUGUUCGGUUCCGAGUUAGAUGCUCUCAUGGAGAACCUAGCGGACAAGAAGGGAGACUGGCGGAUGAUCAUCGAUUUACGUUAUUUAAAUCGCUUCAUCAGGAAGAAGCGUUUCCGGAUGGAAACCAUUCGCUCUGUCUUAAACAUCCUGAACCCAGGAGAUAUGAUGGUAACCAUAGACCUGAAGGAUGCUUACCUUCAUGUUCCCAUCUGCCCAGCACACAGGAAAUAUCUCAGAGUUGCUGUGGCCUUGCAAGGGGUAGUGAAGCACUACCAGUUUGCUGUAUUGCCCUUCGGCAUAUCCUCAGCUCCGCACACCUUCACAAAGGUAGUGGCUCCUGUGGUCGCCCAUUUAAGGCUCCUUGGGCUAGAAGUCGUACCGUACCUGGACGAUUGGCUUUUAAAGGCCGCAAACGCAGACGUCCUGCAGAGUCAGCUUCAACAAGCUCUCCAGAUUCUCCAGGGUCUGGGGUGGUUGAUAAAUUGGGACAAGUCGCACUUAGUCCCGUCAACCACGAGAACGUUCUUGGGCUUUGUGAUCAAUUCACAACUGAUGACCCUAUACCUGUCCCCUCAAAGGAGGGACAAAGAAAUCAAGAAUCGCGCCGCAGCUUUUCGGCAGGAGGGCAGCUAUUCCACAGAUACGGGAGGAAGCCAGGAAAACCUGAAAAAGAACAGAUACAAGGACAUCCUGCCAUAUGAUCAGACCCGUGUUCCGGUCACACUGCUUGAGGAGGACGCUGGAUCUGAUUACAUUAACGCCAGCUUCAUACAGGGUGUAGAUAAGCAGCCCCGGUACAUCGCCACGCAGGGGCCCCUGAGCCACACUGUGCUGGACUUCUGGAGGAUGAUAUGGCAGUACAAUGUUAAGGUGAUAGUUAUGGCGUGCCGAGAGGUGGAACUAGGAAAGAAAAAAUGUGAGCGCUACUGGCCGUUAGACCAAGAGACCGCCCAGUACGGAGUGUUCACUGUCAGAACGGUGUCAAAAGUCAUUGUGAACCCGGAGGUGGUGUUUCGUAAUCUGGCGGUGAUGUUUCAGGAGGAAGUCCGAGAGGUGGGACACUUCCAGUACAUAGCGUGGCCUGACCGCGGGAUACCCGACUCGUACACCUGCUUCCUUGAAAUGAUCCAGCUGGUCCGUCGCCACCAAGGAGAACACAAGGCCCCGAUGUGUGUCCACUGCAGUGCAGGUUGUGGGCGCACCGGCGUUAUCUGUACGGUGGAAUACAUCCAGAGCCUUCUAGAUAAGCAGAGGGUUCCAAGUGACUUCAGCAUCUUUGAAGUGGUCAUGGAAAUGAGACGCCAGAGACCGUCCGCUGUGCAGACCAGGGAACAGUACGACUUCCUUUACCACGCCAUUACUGAGAUGUUUGAGAAGCAGCUAAAAGAAUAUUACAGCUAUGAAAACCUGCAAGAGUACAAAGCCCCGGAGGUGGGAGCCCUGAAAACAACAAACCGGAUCCAGACCCACAACAGGCAGAAGGACGUCGGUUUACGUGUAUCUCUGCCCCCGGCUCAGCCCGAAAUGAGCAACACAUACGCUGUGGUGAAUAGAAAAGCCACCGCUCAGGUGUCCUCUCCUGGAAUUAAGUCCCUGGAUCGACGGAGCCCGACGUCCUCUCAUGUCCAGUAUGACAAUGUCAGACCACGUUUGUCGCCUACCGCUACGUCCGUGGAUCAGCUGUAUAGCUCUGUGAUUCCUAAAGCCAACAGGACGUCCACCGUGCCUUCCAACAUGAGUUCUAUUUCUUCUUCCUAUUCUUUGGCUGGAAACCCGUCUCCUCCCGAGGUGGCCCCUGCUGAAUACAGUCAGGUCACCGCUCCGAGUGCAGUCCCAUCUUAUAACCAUCAGAAGGGAGAUAACAAGUGGAGUCAGCCCGUAUCCAGUGCGUAUGCGGUGGUAUCAGACAGGCCAGAUAAAUCUCUUGACUACGAAAUUGUGACGGAUUCUUCCAAAGGAUGUAUGCCAGCAGCUAUAUCCGGCAUAGGAUUUAACUGCCGUAUAGGUAAACCUAAAGGACCCCGUGACCCCCCCGCUGAAUGGAGCCGAUGAGCCAUCACUAGACUAUAUGACAUAGAGGCGUUUCAGGCUGCUCGCUCGCUCGCGCUGUGUGAUAUUUCAGGGACUGGUCGCCCUUAUGGACAAACAGCAUGUGAAGUGCCUAAGAAGAUGGAUGGGGGUUCCUGAGCGGACAUCAAAGACUUAAACAAGCAAUGGAUUGUCUGUGUGUGUGAUGGUUGUGUGCUGCCAUGUACGGAGCAUGAAAUACAUGUAAGCGGAUGUAUCUGUAGUGCUGUGUACACUGUCAGGCG